AUGGUCAACGAUACAGCGUUCGAGACCACCCAAGAAAACAUGGGCGCUAUCGAUAUUGGCACACUUACGUACUAUGCUUCCACUCUGAUCACCAUCGAAUCAGCCGCAGCACUCAUCAUAAAUCUGUAUAUACUGAAUGUGAGUAAAGAUCCCGUUUUACAAGGUGGCAGUAAAAGAAAGAAUCGAUCAUCGAAUCGACGUUUGUUCGUGACACUGAUUCUGCUCGCUGGAUCUGCUGUGUUCGGUGUGGUUAUUUAUGCACUGAAUUUGCCUAUUCAUUCAGCACGCAUCACUUUAAAGCUGGUUGCCCACACUUUUGGGGCACAUAGUUUUCUGCAGCCAAUGUUUCAUUCGAUUGAGCGGUUAUCCACUGAUGAUUCUUCUUAUUUUCUGUCAAGUUAUCAAUGCAGAAAUGGAAAGGAUGAAGAAAUGCCAAAGGAAUUCGUAAGGUACCUGAACGACACAAUUGAACAAAAGUCAAAACGUAUCAAACGAAAUGAAGGUGUCAAGUGUUCAUUCGCAAGUAGGAGUUUCUCCACACACAGACCGAAAUCGGUCUGCAAUACGACUGAAUCUGAGACAACGAAAGAAUUUGAAGAGUCGAGAAAGCCGCUGAUAUCACGACCUCAGAUGGGAAGGUAA